AUGAAUUUUCAUAGUGCAAAAGACACUAUUGCCAGCCUUAUACGCCCUGGAAAAUGUCAUAACGCAAUGUUCAGCAACGAAGACCUACUUGCUUUAGAUGAAGUCAAACCUACUCGUAUGGCGAACAGGAAGUCGGCCUCGCACCAGGAAGAGAUCCCAGGUUCGAAUCGCUUCGGACAUGAAUGCAACUGCACGCAGGCGUUUAAAUCCCUUCGUUAUUAUCUAAGACGAGUUUUUCUAUGUGGACGAGAAACUGAAAAGAAUAAUGACGAAACAGUUAUCGGAUACCAAACUUUAAAGGAAAACAUCUACUUCCACUCACCGAAUGCAAGGAAGAAGACUAUCAAAGAAGAGCUGGAAAACAGAUACUCAAAUUUACGGAAGCCGCUAAAGAACUUCAACUUUCUGAGACAAGAAGUAUGAAUUAAAAAAAUAUGUUAUCUCCAUCGAUUGAAGACUGGAUUUCUCCUGAUGAUGAUCGCUACUCCAAAUUAAAAACUUUUCCCCAAAAUUUGUUGGCAUUUUUGACUAACCUUUAUAAGAAUUGUAACCACGAAGUUUAUCAAUGGUCUAUCGGAAGCUGGAAAAAUUGCUACCCUGAGUUGGAUAUGUAUGAAGAGCUGGUUAUCAUAUCACGGGACUUUAAUAACUUAAGUACUGAUUUCUGACAUCAUAACUUUUUUGACAUCAAGUUUUUAUAAAAACUGUUUACAUCAAGUUUUUAUAAAUUUGUUUUAUGUGCAAUGAUUUUUAAUAAUAUGGGCAAAUAAAGCUACUUAGUUAUUCUUACCUUGUCAGAUAAGACAUUAGGUAAUUUCUUUGACAUGCAUUAGUCAAUUAAAAAGUGAUAUUACGCAUUUGUUAAUUGUAGUUUUCACAUUAUAUAUAAUAUAAUACGGUUAAAUAGUGAAAGACUCUUGGAAUUUUAUACUAAUUUUAAAUACGUUUAAAAUUCUUAGAAGCGCCAAUUUAAUAAUGAGUUUUUACAGAGCUGAGAUUUUCUUAGACGUCUAUAGUUAAAAUAAUAACGAGCUUAAGAACUUCAAUAAAAAGUAUAUUAAAAAAAUCUAACGUCAAAUUUAGUUUUAAAAAGAGUGCUUUCAUACUCUUGGUGCUCUCAUUUUUAUAAGUCUCUUAACUUACAUCUAAAACUCCACUAGUCACUGAUACUAUUUAAACCAACUGUCAUUAAAUCUUGGCAAUCAUUAAAUACUGUUUCCGUCAGUUUUAGAAACUUGAUUUCCGGAUAUUUGCUUGCAAAUUUCUAACUAAUGUCAUCAUAAUAAUAAAAAAAUCAACUUAUUAUAGUAGUUGCGAAUUUCAAUGAAUAUAUAUCGGAAGUAAAAAAAAUGGUGUUUGUCCAU